CCCCUCGCGCCCACCGAAUCUACUUCUCACAGCGCGCGGGCUGCUGGCGGGAAGGCACGAGCGAGAGAGAGAGAGAGAGAGAGAGAGAGAGAGAGAUAGAAGUGAGGAGAGAAAGAGAUCGAGGGAACAAGAAGGAGGGAGGGAAAGGAGAGAGCGCGUGUGUGCGUGUCUCCGUGUGUGCGCGUGGAAUGCACCACCGCAUCCCGCUCACCGUUUCUGCAGGCGGCCAUGCUCUGAUGGAGAGAAACUGAUAAACCUCUCUUUUCCCGCAGAUUCGCCCACCGUCUCGUUCCAGAUGUGACCGACAAGUUUCGUUUUAUGUCGCCCACAUUGAGUCCUGUGCCGUUCUUCUCGGAGAGACUGUGACACCAUGGCUUUGGUUAUGGAACCAAUAAGUAAAUGGACACCAAAGCAAGUGCUGGACUGGAUGAAAGGUCUGGAUGACUGUCUCCAGCAGUACGUGAAGAGUUUCGAGCGGGAGCAGAUGGGGGGAGAGCAGCUGCUGCACAUCACACAUCAGGAGCUGGAGGAGCUGGGUGUCACCAGAAUAGGACACCAGGAGCUCAUCCUGGAAGCUGUCGACCUCCUGUGCGCUCUGAACUACGGCCUGGAGACGGAGAACCUGCGGACUCUGUCCCACAAGCUGAACGCCUCGGCGAAGAACCUCCAGAACUUCAUCCUGGGCCGACGGAGGGGCGGACACUACGAUGGACGCGCUUCCCGGAGGCUGCCCAACGACUUCCUCACCUCGGUGGUGGAUCUGAUCGGUGCAGCCAAGAACCUGCUGGCCUGGCUCGACAGGUCUCCGUUCGCCAGUGUGACAGAGUAUUCAUUGCUGAAGAACAACAUCGUGCAACUCUGCCUGGAAUUGACCACCAUUGUGCAACAGGAUUGCACUGUGUAUGAGACAGAGAAUAAGAUUCUUCAUGUGUGCAAGACCUUAGCGGGGAUAUGCGACCACAUCAUCUCCCUGUCGUCAGACUCUCUGGUCUCCCAGUCGGCACAUCUGGAGGUGGUCCACCUCACCAGCAUCAUGCCCAGUGAAGGGCUGGGGAUGUAUAUCAAAUCCACGUAUGAUGGGCUCCAUGUCAUCACUGGAACCACAGAGAAUUCUCCCGCAGACCAGUGUAAGAAGAUCCAUGCAGGCGACGAGGUGAUCCAAGUCAACCACCAGACUGUGGUGGGCUGGCAGCUGAAGAACCUGGUCAACGCUCUGAGAGAGGACCCGUGCGGCGUCAUACUCACACUGAAGAAGAGGCCCCAGAACACCCUGAGCUCCACGCCGGCUCUGCUCAGGAACGUGCGCUGGAAACCACUGGGCCUGCAGCCGGUCCCCACCAGCCCCACCAGCACUUCCCCUACACCCAUUGGAACUUUGGGCAUGUCCAAAAUGGACGCUCCCAGCAUGCAGGACGUCUACAUCCUCUCCCCCGUCUCUGGACUCUACAGCACCAGGGAGGAGCUGGGUCUGAUGUCCUGCGACGACAUCAGCCGCUACAGCGUGAGCUCCCAAUCCGGCUCCAAAGGCUCAGAGGCCGUCAGCUACUACUUGGACCAGGACAGCGGUCAGUACUUCUCCCUGCUGGAGGGGGACGGGCCCCCAGGCCCCGACUACGACAGGGGCCGCAACACGGGGGUUCGCAGGAGGGAUAAGACCCCCACCCACGGUGACCUCAGGCCUGUUUCCAUGCCUCCUGAAUAUAACUGGAUGGCCGAGGCCAAGGAACCCAGCAUGGGCAAGAGAGGGAGCCGAGAUUCGGACAACUCCCUGCUGCGUUACCUUAGCGACGACAAGAUCCUGGUGAUCGAGGAGGAGCCCGAGGUCCCGGGCAGAGAGAGCCGGCGGGAUUCCACCAGACGCUCCCGGCGUAAGAGCCGCAAUCCCAGCAGCCCUAGUUUCCCCAUCAGCCCCUCCAUGCUGUCCUCCACCCUGCGGCUAGACCAGCCCCCCGAGGCGUUGCCGCGAGGCGCAGACACACUUCGAGCAGACACCACAGACAGGUACUCCGGCUCAGGAAGCUCAGGAGCCGCCUCAAUGAGGAAGUCUUUCCAUUACACCUCCCUAAGAACGAAAACCAAAAGGAGAAGUAAAGGGUCUCUUACUAGUGCCAGUCGAAGGAGAAUUUCCUGUAAGGACCUGGGCCAUGGAGACUGUGAGGGCUGGCUGUGGAAAAAGAAGGAUGCUAAAGGCUACUUCACCCAAAAAUGGAGGAAGUACUGGUUUAUCCUCAAAGAGUCCUGCCUCUACUGGUACACAAACCAAAACGAUGAGAAGGCUGAGGGCUUCAUCAGCCUCCCUGAGUUCAGAAUAGACCGAGCCAUAGAGUGCAGACGGAAAUUUGCCUUCAAAGCCUGUCAUCCCAAAAUCAAGAGCUUCUUCUUCGCCACAGAUUGUCUUGAGGAAAUGAACAGGUGGAUGAACCGACUGGGACUAGCUGCUAUUGGCUACACACCAGAUGACAAGGUGCCUCGUCACGACGAAGACUACUGGAGUGAAAGCGAUCAAGACGAGGUCGAUGGCUCGAUGACACUCAAACAGGAGGGACCCUCUUCCCUUUGUGAUACUUAUCACCGCACGUCAUCAGUCAAUUCCUCGAGCCCCUUCCCGGAGCCUAAGCACGGCCGACACUUCUCCAGCGAGUCCACGCACUCCCACUCCUCUGCCGAGGACCAGCGCGGAGACGGCAUGGGCAUGGGCACGGGCACGGGCAGCACUAGCACCCACUCGUCCGGCUGCCGCUCCACGCACCGCGAGCGGCGCUCCUGGCAGGACCUCAUAGAGACCCCUCUGACCAGCGCGGGGCUGCACUUCCUCCAGACGGCGCCGGGGGAUGGCGAUUACGGGGGCCUGAUGGGGAGCAUGGUCGGAGAGAUGGGGCUGUACGGAGGGCUGGGCAGACAGGGCAUGUCCCCCGAGAGACGCAGGCAGGCCACGCUGCCCGUGCGGAGACACCACGCCGCAGAGAGGGACAGGGAGCGGGACGGGCCCUUCCCUCUGGAGCGAGGGCCCCACGCGCACGGCCACUCGCACCGACGCUCCCACAAGCAGCGCAGCCAGAGUCUGCCCAGGAACAGGGACCCCAUGCCGGGGAAGCUGCUGCACACCCCGGCUCACAUGGAGGAGAGGAGCGAGGACGAGGAGGCGGAAGGGCAGGCUGCGGAUAUACUAGAGGGUGAGGAGGUGAACCUGACCCUCACCGGCCCUCUCCUGGGGGUCUCGGACAAGCGUGAGUUGAGGGUUGAAAGCAGAGAGAGGAGGGUGUCGGAAGGCAGGGAGCGGCGGGUGUCUGAGGCCCGAGAGCCCGAGCCGUUGGACGGGCUGGAGCAACUCUACCGAGCCCUGGAGCAAGCCAACGUGACGGCCCUCGGGGACCCUAAACCCUGCAGCAGGCAGGAGUAUCGACGUUGUUUCACUCAGAGGGCCAGGGACCCUCUGCUCAACGACAGGCUGCACCGGGUCAGGGCCCUCCGCAGCACUCUGAAGGCCAAAGAGUCCGAGCUGGCGGUGAUCUGUGCCCUCCUGGAGGACCCCGGCCUGUGCUCCGACACCUUCAGGGAGUGGAAGCAGUGGCACGGCGAGAUCUACUCGGACAUCUGCCAGCUAAAUAGCGGCACCAACGGCCAGGACGACCUCUCCCCGCUGGCCGCGCCGCUCAUGACCCACACGCACUCCUUCAUUGAGACGCACGUGUGAUGAAGACAGCCGGAGCCGAGACUGAACUGACGCACACGCUCAACCACACCAACACAGAGAACUUUACAUUGGCUGAGUCAUCACGACUCUGAGCACGCAUUCUCUCUCUCACACACACACACACACAUACACACGUAUUGUAAGAUGUGUAAAUAUCAUAGAGGGAACAGUCUGAGACCUGCGUGUAUGAACUUUUGAUAAUCCCAAGGACCCCACAGGGUGCCUAUUGCAUGCCUGAACAGAAAGCAUUAAUCUUCCUUUGUCUACGGGACUCAGCAUAAACGCCACACGCUUGUCGAGCAAAAUGGAGAAAAAAAAGGAGACUUUUUAACACGUUGGUUCCUUUCUAUUCACUCUGUCUAUUCUUUCCUGUUCGUUUUAGGGGGCAAGGGGGAGCUAUGUAGCAGCAAUACAGAGGAGAAUCCUUUUCACCACAGCACUGUACUUUUGUACUGAUGAACUUUGCACCCAGAGCCACCGGUUCUCCGCCCCGUUCUCUCCGUUCUCUUUGUUUUCUCUCACUGCAUCUUUCGCUGAUUUUACAGGGACCUCACUUGUUACGAUACAGGCCGGACCGUGUGGGGAAAGUAAAGUGCCGAUUUAUGAAAUAAGACUCUGAAAGGGUAGCCAUCAAUGCUGCCUUGUCUGUUUAUUUGGGUCCCUCUGGGAGCCAAUGAAAGCAAGCGUCACACCCAUUGAGGAACCGCGUCGUGUCGGCUAGUUGCGCAUUAAUUCAAACUGUGAACUGUUAAAAACACACACACACACAAUUGUAUCCGCAGAAGGAGGCUCCUCUGAUAGUUUGUAUUCUCUCUCUCUCCCAUUGUUUUCCUCUCUCUGUGUUCCUGUCCAUCUCCUCCUUUCUUUGUUUCCUCUCUCGCUCUCUAGUCUAGUCUAGUCUAGACUGGUGUAUAUGUGUAUACUGCUGUGUAUACUGAUGUAAAUGUUUGCGUUCCACUACCACUGUGACACGUUUCUAGAGGUAGCAGAGAGAAGACAGAGCGUAUGUAUUUGCGUGGAUGCAAGACAUUUUUUUCAGUUGUUUAUUUUAAUUUUAUAUCCUUAAACAGCGAAUGCAAGAGUUCUUUUCAAAUGAGUCACUCACUACAAAGAAUGCACUUUCUAUAUCUCUAUAUCUCAUUUGGCUGCAUCACCUGGUCGAUGUCACAUCGGCCUCUUUACCAUUGCUGUUCAAAAUAUCAGGUAAAAGCAUUUGCCGUCUCAUUUUCUAAAGAUUUGUGUACAGUCUACAAAUAUAUUUAAACAUAGAAGAAUAUAUAAAUCUAUUUACGUUUUGUGUCAUAGAUAUAAUGUAAAGUAUGAUGUAUUCUAUGCCAAGGUUUUGCAGUGUCCCCUUCUUCACGCUGUAGAUGCAGGGUGUUUAGCAGUUGAACAUCUAGGAGGCAGACAACAACAACAACAACAAUAACAACAACAACAACCACCACCGUCAAUUAACAGUUGAUUGACCAAUUUUAACACCGCCGGCUGACCCUUCUCUUGGUGAUGUGUUGCAUGAGAAAAGUCAUGAGACUGAUUAGAUUGGACACGGUAAAUUUUUGUGGAUCUUUUGUGUUCUUUCAUUCCCUCCUCCUUUUAUCCUCAGCUCAUGAUUGCAACAUAAUUAGACUUGUAGCGCAUGAUACAUGCAAAAAUACUGUUUAAGAAUGACAAUUUAUUUAUAUAUUCAUAGAUUCAAAGUAUUCUUCUGGUUUCAUUAGAACGUGUUUGAAGACACACACUGUAUUAUAACUGCGGCAGGCACUGUUGCUGUGCGGUUACCUAAUCUGAUGCAGAUCCUUCUUUAGCAUCUUACCAGGAGGUUUCAAUUUGGUAUUUCGUUUACACAGGAAGACCAAACACGUGUCCGAAGGAUUCAGGAAUCGUACCUGAGAGACGACAGUAAAGCUAAUUCCAAAAGGAAAGCUAUUAUGACAUUCCCCCCUAAGCAUACGGUCGACACCGGGCAGUUGAAGACCUCCACAUCAAAAGGUCUAUAAUGUCUGGGAAAGUUGGAUGAAACCUUUCAACGGCAGUACCAGGCCAAGGACUAAACGGUGCCCUCCAGUGUCAAAGACCCUGAGAGACAUGCGUAGCACCUGCUGCAUACAGCACUAUCUGUACUUAUUUUUCAUAUUUUACUGUAGUUCUUUUGAGUGUAGGUUCAAGUUUUCUCAUCAUGUCACAUCGUCGUGAAAUAUCCAACACACCCCAGAGAUAUAGGUCAUGUUUUUUUGGUUAAUUUGAGAGUAACACAAAGAAACUAAAUGAUGCAAGCACUUUCCCUGUGCCUCCCAACCCUCUCUUUGGCAACAAUGGACUAACUAUACUAGCGAUCCGACACACACACACACACACAGCUGCAGAGGAGCUACAGUACAGUUUUGGUCUGCAGGCCUCACGCUGUUUCUCAUCUGUAGUGGUUGCUCCACUGAGCGCACUGUAGACGAUGAAAUGCGCGUUAUGAUUAGUGGGCACAGACUGUAUUAGUCCUCCCACAUCUGUGUGUGUGUGUGUGUGUGUAAACCUGCAGAAACAGGCCGAAAAGGGAGAUUCCACUGUGUUCUUUCAGGGGUGUACACCUCAUGGUACAUUGCACAGGUGUGUAAGAUGUAAGUUGCACUGCGACAUUAAAAAAGGAACAUAUUGCUCUUUUUCAAGAAUAAUCUUAGCUUACUGUUAUUCUGUACAUUAAACUGACUAAAGAAGAUAUUAAAAAAGAAAGAAAAUUACAUUUAUUCUUCCUAAAGUAGCCUUUUUUGGUUUCAUAUAUAUGAAUAUAUAUUACAGAAAAUACAGAUUGUAAACUUAAGUUGUUAAACUUUGACUUCAAUAAACUGAAUCCUCUGCACUAUGA